UUUUCCACCAAGAAUUGUCAGAUGACGAUUACGAGAGAGCAUACUUACUAAAAUAAGGAAGUUUUCACAGACAUUAAAUUGAUGUACAGGUAUUAGUCUCUCUUACUUUUAGUUAUUCCAGUCCUUAUUAUCCAUCGAAAGGAUGUAUUCGUCCAAAAACUCAAACCCGUUUUUAGACGACGACGAAAUAACUGCAUCGCUUUCAUCUGGUAGAAGUCAUACAACAAGCCAUAGCGGUUAUGGCCAGCGAGAGAGUUAUGAUCCAGUGGUUGACAGACGCGCUCAACUCAGAAUGCAGAUUGACGACUCGGAAGAGCGGCAGCUGGCAAGCACACAGAGAGCCCUGGCCAGCAUCUACGACUCGGAAAGAAUGGGCAUUGCUACGGCUGAGGAACUUGUCAGACAAGGCGAGCAGCUGGACAAUAUUGAGAAGAAAAACGAUGAGAUGAGUGACAUGAUGACUACCUCUCAGAAACAUUUAAACAGUAUCAAGAGUGUGUUUGGUGGCUUCAAGAACUGGUGGUCAGGUGGUAAGAAAUCUCACCCAGAAACCGAGCAGCCCAGACAGAGUAAGCUGAGAGAAACGGUAGAGAGAGAGAGGCAGUCGGGUCCUCACCCAGCCUUGAAGUUAAAAAGUGAGGACGGACGAGGCUUUUACGACAAUGACGAAGAUUUGGACAGCCGUUUUAUGGCAGGGUCGAGAGUCAGCAGCCAAACACAGCGACACAAUGGGCCAAUGCUACAGAAGGUUACAAACAGUGAAAAGGAAAAGCGAUUAGAGAAGAAUUUAGAUAUGAUGUCUGAUGGAAUGUCAAAAUUAAGGAUGUUGGCAAUGAACCUCGGGGAUGAGAUAGACACACAAAAUGACCAGUUAGACAGGAUCAAUACCAAAGUGGACAAAAAUGAGACACUUUUGGACAACCAGAAUGCACAAAUGAGGAAAAUUCUUUACAAGUGAUACUUCACUGCUGUGCAUCUCAUUGGACUAGUGUGAUUACGCCAUCUUAGCUUCUGGCCUGUAACAAUUUAGCGCAAAGAUCAUAGUGUGAGGUUUGCUACGUGCAGAACAAGCCUAUAUGGAAAAACAUCCAAAACAUCCAGAAAAACUAGGGUCGGUCAGUCCAGACAUCAUUUUUAUGCACCCCUCUACAAGGUUGGAGGGGGAGGUAUACUGGAAUCACGCUGUCUGUCCAUUUCGUUGAUGUAUCUCUGCCUAAACUACUGCACCGAUUUUGAUGACAGUUACCAUACCAUUUGUCUCUUAUCUGAACUUCUUACUGCCACAUUUCUCCAUUCAGACUGGUUGUACCAGCAGUGCAAUCAACCAAGACCAUUAAUGGUCCAUGAAGCAAUUUGUGCGUAGCCAAACUAAGCAACCUGACAUCCUGUCAAUUCUUUUAAGAAUUUCUUUCUUUUGUUUGUUGAAAUGUUGGGGGAUGGAGGUAGGGAUAUUUCUGAAAUCUGGAUUCUAGUUUAUUCUGGCUAAUGAAAGACAGCGAUUAACAUGGAGAGAAAAAACUUUUCAUUUUUAAAAAUUUUAUCAAAAGACCAAUAAAUUUAGAGUAUGAAA